AUGCCGAACGAAGCAAUGCCACCACGAGAGGGUCGUUCAACCUUUUUCAAACCUCCUACUUACUCAUCUCAGCAUGCGGACAAAUUCUUCACCAUUUUGGAAGGAAGAUUCCAGCAAUUCCAAAUUGUCGAUGAGAUUGACAAAUACCUGACGCUGGCUUCCGCAUUGGACUUUGACGACUUACCUGAGGCUGCAGGAAACUUAGUGCGGAAGAUGCCUGAUGCCACUCCCUAUACCCAAUUAAAAGCUGCGUUGUUGGAGAAUCUGAAACCGCAAAAUUACGAAGCUCUCCGCGCGCGCAUGAAGGAAAUUCCUCUUGGAUCCCUCAAACCAAGUGAAUUUUUAGCCCGUCUGCGUGCAACAGCAGACGAGGCAACAUUGGCGAAUCCGAUUUUCAAAGCGGAUCUUCUAUCAAUUUGGCGCGCUGCAAUGCCUGCGGAAUGGCGACAUGUGCUUAUAGUUGAACCUGACAUAGAUGAGGCCGCUAAGAAAGCGGAUGUGCUGCGACAGUAUCAACCUCCACAGGCCGUACCUGCCCCUGAAGCCGCUGCAUCAGCACCAGGUCCGUCGUGCGCGGCGCUUCGCACUUCCGCAGACCCGGGCGAACAGCGCCUCGCUGCCCUGGAAGCUGCUGUGAAUCGUAUGACUGAGAUGAUGUACCUUAUGCAGGUGGAUAGCCCGCGCGGCAACCAAGAGCAGCGCGGUAGAAAGAAGCAGCGUGACGACCGCAGCCGCGAUCGACGUUCCUCGCGAACUGCAAGACCCAACCCUUUGCUGGUACCACCAAACUUAUGGCGCUCAAGCUACUAA